AGCCGAAGACGGAGGCGUGCCAAGGCCAGGGCGCAUGUGGGCCCCGCCCCUCUCCCCCUGUCCCUGCAAAGCGAGCUGCUCGCCCUCUGAGCUGGACCCGGCUAUGGCAGCCUCUGCGCUCCCCGCGGGCGAGCCGCCCUGGAAGACCCUGUCUGCAGAGGAGCUGGAGAGACAGUAUUCGCCCAGCAGGUGGGUCAUCCGGAUGAAAGCGGAGGAAGUUGUCAGCACCUUCGUACGGACAGGAAGCCAGGCUACCAGGAAGGCCCGGGCCACCAGGAGGAACCAGCUGGAUGUCCCCUAUGGAGAUGGCGAAGGGGAGAAAAUGGACAUCUACUUUCCUGAUGAGCAUUCCCAGGCUUCCCCCCUCUUGCUGUUCUUUCACGGAGGAUACUGGCAGAGCGGAAGUAAAGAUGACUCGGCCUUCAUGGUGAACCCACUGACAGCACAGGGCGUGGGCGUGGCGAUCGUGGCUUACGACAUUGCACCCAAAGGCACACUGGACCAGAUGGUGGACCAGGUGACCCGCAGCGUUGUGUUCCUACAGAGGCGGUAUCCAAGCAACGGGGGCAUCUACCUCUGCGGACACUCCGCGGGAGCUCACCUGGCUGCCAUGGUGCUCCUUGCCGGUUGGACCAAGCAUGGUGUCACGCCCAACCUUCAAGGCUUUCUCCUGGUGAGUGGGAUCUACGACCUGGAGCCCCUCAUAUAUACCUCCCAGAAUGCCCCUCUGCACAUGACCCUGGAAGACGCUCAGAGAAACAGCCCACAGCACUGCUUGGAGGUGGCUCCAGCGAAGCCUGUGGGUCCAGCCUGUCCUGUGUUGGUUGUUGUGGGUCAGCAUGACUCCCCAGAAUUCCACCGACAGUCCAGGGAGUUCUAUGAGAUGCUACACCGAGUAGGAUGGAAGGCCUCUUUCCAGGAGCUGCCUGGCGUGGAUCACUUUGACAUCAUAGAGAAUCUAACCCAAGAGGAUGAUGUUCUCACCCAGACCAUUUUGAAAACAAUCUUCCCUGAUGCUCUAAGGACACCUGGUCUCCAGCCUGUGUGCACCUCAGAAAACCUCCAGAAGAUGAGACUUCCACCUAACACUGGCCUGUCUGUCUGUCCAUGAGGUGCACUCUCCCUGUUGUGGACACACCCUGCCUGUCAUUCUCCCCAACGGGAUGGAGCUCCAGGGGAACCCUACAGAUUGGCACUGGGACAUGCACAUAGCUACCAGCUGGCUGAGUCUGUUUCCCCUCCUGCUGAUGGGGCUUGACAGUCAGCGCCUGGCUUGCUUCCUAUGCCUUUUUCAGUAUCACUGUGGACUGGCUGGGGCUGGGACUGUCACUCAGCCCCUAUCUCCCUCUACAAAAGAGGGUGGGGUCGGGAGAAGGAAUGAAGACAUAAGAGAUCAACCAGCCACUGGGUUGCGUGUAGCUCAGUGGUAGAAUGAUUGACCAUGCAUAGGACUCUGGGUUCAAUCCCUGGUAUUAACAAAGAAAAGAUAAAGGAAAAGAGAGAGAGAAAGAGAGAUGAUAAAGGAAAAGAGAGAGAGAAAGAGAGAUGGGCAUGCCCGGUGUGGUGGUGCACACCUGAAUCCCAGCACGGAAGCUUGCUUGUGAGUUCAAGGCCAGCCUGAGCUACAUAGGGAGACCCUGUCUCAAAGAAAGAGGGCUGGUGAGAUGGCUCAGCAGGUCAGAGCACUUGGCACCAAGUCUGACAACCUGUGUUUGGUCCUGGGAACUCAUAUGGAAGGAAACAACCAACUGCCCCAAUUUAUCCUUUGACUGUCAUGUAUAUGUGGACCUUAGCAUACACACCUACACAUGCGUGAUGGUGGUGAUGGUAAUAAAAGCCCAUGCUUGUGCCUGCUGUACAAACGAACACAAGGAGUUACUUAGAACUGCAGCCUCCCACAGAGACCACCAGCACAAAGACCCCUGUGUGACAGGCUCCGCCAGACCUAACUCCUGCAGCACCCCCCCCCACACACACACCAUAGCCUCUAAAGCCCAAAUUGGGUGUGGUGGGGCAUGCCAGGAGCCAUAGAGGCAGGAGGGCCUUUGGGCCCAGGAAGGGCUCUUGAGCACACAUCUAAUUUAUACUCUGGUUCUGUC